AUGCUAGUCUCUUUUCAUGUCGCAUAUCAUUUUGUGCGAAGCCUAUUUGGAAAAGUGCCAAAUUCCACUUCCAUUUCAACUAGAUCAGACCUGAAAUCUAUAGGGUGAGUGAGUGAGUGAAAAUUGUUGUUUUUUUUUCUAUUUUGACCUUGAUCUUCUCAGGGUUUCCCCAAUUUUUCUCAAUUUCUACUUCAAAACUAAAAAAAAAGAAAUUGAUUGUUUUUCAGUUUCAUGCAGUUUUUUUUACAAACUAAUCCGAUUUCAUACUUUUUUCUCUCCGACACAUAAAAUAAUGUUGAGAGAAGAAGAGUGUUCACACGAUUUCUGAAGAACUACACGUAGUUUAGUCCCCUUUCUCUAUUUUUUGUCUUUUUUUUGCUCUUGGCGCAGGAAUGAUGCAAUUUUUGGCGCCAAAAAUUGCAUCAUUUCAUUCAUUUUGAAAUAUUUGUCCUGAAAUUGGAGAAACCUUUUCUUUUCAAAAAGAAAAUAGUUUCGAUGGGUGAACAAGGAGUAGCCGACGACAAUGAUAUUAUCGAAAAUCUCAUCGGUACCACGCGCUCCACCGAAAUAAACACGCAACGCAGACCGCGCCGCGCCACAACACACACAAAUGAGGGAACGAUUCAAAUUUCCUCCCUUUUUGUGUGUGUGUUGUGGCGCGGCGCGGUCUGCGUUGCGUGUUUAUUUCGGUGGAGCGCGUGGUACCGAUGAGAUUUUCGAUAAUAAAACAAACACAAAAGUUUGCUUUUCGGCGAAAUUUGCACGUGGAAACCACGAGCAAAAGAAACUGAUUUGUGCUCUUUAAAAAUGGGCUCAUUUUCUUUUUUCGAAGAGAUAAGACUUUUUGUUUUGUUGCUUUUUCGCCUGAAAAUCCGCGACGCACACGCGUUGCUUCUGUAAUUUUUUGGCGCGCUACACUGAGGUGCACUAUGAUCUUGUUUUUCAGUUUCUAGCUAGAAAAUACACUCCGAUAUCGAAAAAAGAAUGUUUAUCAUUUCUAUUGUUUGAUAUUUUCAAUAUCAAAAAUAAAACAAACCAUUUGAUAAUACAUAUUUUUCAACAUGUUUUCGUUCUUUCUCUCGUAGAAAUCUGAAAUGUCACGUAUGUUUUCUUGGAUUGGAGGGAGCAGUUGCUCCAUUCUUCUUGUUGUGCUCAUUCCUAUUGAUUUUGCUGUGGCUGGCUGGCCGGCAAAAAAGAUGGGCGGUUAGAUGUUUUUUCCAGCAUUUAUAUAUUCAUUUUUUCCUCCGAGGAACCUUUGAUUUUCUCUGAAAUUGCCAGAUUCGAAUUGCAUCAUAAUUUUUUUUUCAACCAAAUAAAUAAAAAUUUAUUUUUGAACGCCCCUCUCUAGUUUCGCCUGCGCCUCUUUUCUCUCGCAUGUUUUUCUGCGGCCCAGCGGUUUUUCACUCGUUCUUUUUCAUUUUUCACAAACACUGAAUGUGAGAGAGAGAGUUUUAUUUUGUUGUGUGUGAACCGCCUGUCUCAAUUGAUAUUUUUAGAGGUUUUUUUGAGAGAAGUUAGGCUAACCUUGGGACUGAAAAUCAUAGGGAUUUUUGGAAGAAACUUGCAGACAACUUUAGUGUGAUUUUUUGGCCAAAAUUAUAAUUUUUCGUUCAAGUUUUGGUGCUCAAAAAUCUACGUGAUUUUCUCGAAUUUCACCUCCGAAGAAUGAAAACCUUCCAAUUUCCGACAUCGUUUUGGAACUUGAUCUUUUUGAUCAAAAAUAUAGUUUUCUAGUAGUUUUCGACCCGCUGAUUACAACCCCCUUGAAUUGCAAAGCUCAAUUGCAAAGCUCAAAAAAUUGCAAAGCUCAACUCCUAAUAUGAGUUAUGACGUGGCAAACUUGGAAAUUUUAGAGAAAAACGGACUUUAGGAUGUUAAGCUUCUAAAGUGAUUGGAACUCUUCUGAACACUAUCAGAUUUUCGUUUAAAAAAUCUUCUAGAAGCUGGUUAUAAUCUGAAGUUCCUAUUGCUCUGAAUUUGCCACGUCAUAACUAAUAUUAGGUGUUGAGUUCUGUAAUUUUUGACGACGGGAUUGUGAUCAGCGGGUACAUAUAAAUAGACUAUUUCAUUAAAUGAAAGUGUGAUUUUCAACCACGAAACCUCUAUUUUCGUAUUUUUUCUCAUCCCUCUUCCACAAAAUCAAAAUAUUCUCAUGUUUUCCAGUAUGCCAAUCACCAAAAUCCACGCCCGUCAAAUCUACGAUUCCCGCGGUAACCCAACCGUCGAAGUCGACCUCUACACCGAAAAAGGAGUGUUCCGCGCCGCCGUUCCAUCCGGAGCCUCAACCGGAGUCCACGAGGCCCUCGAACUUCGCGACGGCGACAAAGCCGUUCAUUUGGGAAAAGGAGUUUUGAAGGCCGUCGCCAACAUCAAUGAUAAAAUCGCACCAGCUUUGAUUGCGAAGGGAUUCGAUGUUACCGCUCAAAAAGAGAUCGAUGAAUUCAUGUUGGCGUUGGAUGGAACUGAAAAUAAGCAAACUUUGGGAGCCAAUGCUAUUCUUGGAGUUUCUUUGGCUGUUGCCAAGGCUGGAGCUGUUCACAAAGGAUUGCCACUUUACAAAUAUAUUGCUGAAUUAGCCGGAAUUAGCAAGGUAUAUUUAAAAAGCUCGAUAAUACUUUUUAAAAACUCGAACUCUUUUAGGUUGUCCUCCCUGUCCCAGCCUUCAAUGUUAUCAAUGGUGGAUCCCACGCUGGAAACAAAUUGGCUAUGCAAGAAUUCAUGAUUCUCCCAGUUGGAGCUUCCAGCUUCGCCGAAGCCAUGAGAAUGGGAGCUGAAGUCUACCAUCACCUCAAGGCUGAAAUCAAGAAGAGAUACGGUUUGGAUGCCACAGCUGUUGGUGACGAAGGAGGUUUCGCGCCAAACAUUCAAGACAACAAGGAAGGUUUGGAUUUGUUGAACACCGCCAUCCAAAAGGCUGGUUACACUGGAAAGAUCUCGAUCGGUAUGGAUGUUGCCGCCUCGGAAUUCUAUCGUGACGGCAAAUAUGACUUGGAUUUCAAGAACCCGGCGUCGGAUUCGUCGAAAUGGUUGACUGGCGAGGAAUUGGCUGCUUUGUAUCAAAGCUUCAUCAAAGAGUAUCCAGUUGUGUCGAUUGAGGAUGCUUUUGAUCAAGAUGAUUGGGAUAACUGGGGUAAACUUCAUGUGAGUCUAGAGAAUCAGAAAAUUCCUCUUGGCCUAGAUAGAAAACCAAAGAUAUUUUUUACAGGCCGCCACUGACAUUCAAUUGGUUGGUGAUGAUUUGACUGUCACCAAUCCAAAACGUAUCCGUCAAGCAAUCGACAAGAAAAGUUGCAAUUGCUUGUUGUUGAAAGUGAAUCAAAUCGGAUCGGUCACCGAAUCGAUUGAAGCCGCCAAAUUGUCGCGUGCCAACGGAUGGGGAGUUAUGGUAUCUCACAGAUCUGGAGAAACUGAAGACACUUUUAUCGCUGAUUUGGUUGUUGGUUUGGCUACUGGACAGGUGAGACUUUUUCCAAAAUAUUUUUCAAACAUGUUUUUUGCAGAUCAAAACUGGAGCUCCAUGCCGUUCAGAACGUUUGGCCAAAUACAAUCAAUUGUUGCGUAUCGAAGAAGAACUCGGAGCUGACGCCGUUUACGCUGGACAACAAUUCAGAGAUCCAAAAUUCUAA